AUGGAGUUUGUGCCUACCAAGAGUGUAGCUGGCUCAAGUAGCAGUGCGGUGCAAGUUGUGAGCAGUGGCUCCUCUGUCACUUCAUCUUCAAGUGGAGCUGCUGGAGGUUUGGGAGCUUCUGGUUUAACCUCAUCCAUCAUUACAGCUGGAGUUCCUUCAGGAGCAGGCGGAGGUUCUGCAAGCACUUUCGAGUCCCGUACCUCCUCUCAGUUUGUGUCCAGCUCUUCUGGUGACUUAGGAAGUCAUUCGCUCGGUUCAAUGAAUCUAUCAGGGGGUGGGGUUCACUCGUUGACCAUGUCUUCUGGAGGAGGGACUUUGCCCACCUCUAUGUCAAUGGGAGGCGGAUCUACUAAAUACACCUCCUCUUCUGCAACAAGUGCCAUGAAGAGUGCUAGCUACUCCCCAGUCACACAGAGGAAAAGCAGCCUGACCCUGCGCACUGCAGGAUAUGAAGGAAGCUCCAGUGGCAACUCCUCUCCUGAAUAUACUAGGAAAGAUGCAGCUACCAGAGGACGCACCCAGACAAGAGAGAGCGAGAUCAGAGUCCGACUGCAGAGUGCCUCUCCAUCCACUAGAUGGACUGAACUGGAUGAUGUGAAGAAACUUCUUAAAGGAAGUCGCUCCAGUAGCAGCAGUCCUCCUCGUUCUCCCACAAAUACCCUGCCCAUUCCUAAAAAAGCAAGCGUGGACACACGCAUAGAGAGCCACUCAGGUUAUGACAGCUCUAUCCUGGAGUCUGCAUACAGUACAUAUGGCUAUCACACCAACCCCAACAACCUCAGCCCCGGCUCCACACUGCAACACAACGUGGGACUGCAGAACAACAUGACCAUGAACUCCUCAGCCAUAAGCAGUGGCCUUUCUGCUGGGAAUGCAGUAUAUGGGAUGCAGAAUAACUUGGCUGGUGGUGGCGGAUUGGCAGUCACAGCAAACGGGAUCAGUGUGGCUCCAGUAUACGGAGUUCAGAAGAACAUUGUGAGCACUACAGCUUCCACAGCUGCUACAGUUGCCCCAAGCAGCCCUGUCAGCACCGACGAUGUGUUUGUUAAGGAUUACAAGUUCAUGUUGCUGGAGAAAGACAACGUUCCAGUAAAGAAAGAAAGCGAGAGGCUGAUUAUGUCGAAAGACACUGGAAAAACGUUCACUUCCACCAGUGGACUAAGCAUCAAGGUUACCUCAACAAAAGACAAAGCCACAUAUGCAGAGAUUCGCAAAGAUGAAUCUGAAGGAGGUGGGAUGGGAUUCUGCUCCUGUUGCACAUGGUGGAAAUGGCUGCUUGGAUUGCUGCUGGGAUUGCUCUUACUGCUGGGUCUUCUUGCUGGACUCAUCGCUCUGGCUGAAGAAUUAAAGAACCUAAAGGCUCGUGUGGAUCGUUUGGAUGGCGGUGGGAGCACCAUAUCCUCUGCUCACAAUAGCCGCCUGUCAGCGCCAUCCUCUGUGAACAUUUUAGAUCCACUGGAUACUGUACAAUAUGAACGCACCCCUAUAACACGAACAGAAAACACCAUACAACUAGGGUCUGACCCAGUGCAGCCCGACCCAGCCACUCUGCAGAAGACCAUAAAACAACUCGUCCAUUCUGAAUUACAGUCAGAAAGCAUCAGAGCUACACUGGCCUCCUCACUGAAAGGAGAAAGAGGGGAACCUGGGGUCAAAGGUGACCAGGGAGCUCCUGGAAAUAAAGGUGAUGCAGGAUUUCCGGGAGUGCCAGGCCCUUCUGGUCCUCCUGGUCAUCCAGGCCAAGAAGGUACAAGAGGACCUAAAGGAGCUGCUGGUGAGCCAGGACAUGAUGGUCCACCAGGACAGAGAGGUCGUGAGGGGCCAACAGGACCUAGAGGAGAACCAGGGCCUUCUGGAGUUGGUGAGAAAGGAGAGAAAGGGACAUCUGGAGAACCUGGACCAACUGGACCUGCAGGACCACCUGGACCUAUGGGACCCAGAGGUGAAGUGGGUGCACCAGGCACUGCUGGUAUUCCAGGGGCCCCUGGUCCUCAAGGCUUCCGUGGUGAUGCUGGUGAUCCUGGAAUAAAAGGAGAGAGAGGAUCUGCAGGACCUCCUGGAGCUAAAGGUGAUCAAGGAGAGAAAGGACCCCGUGGUGUCACUGGAGAACCAGGGCAGCCAGGCCCCAUCGGUCCGCCCGGAGAGAAAGGACUCAAAGGAUCAGCAGGUCCCCCUGGACCAGAUGGUGCAAAGGGAAACCGUGGGGACCAAGGACCAUCUGGUUUGCCAGGUCCACGUGGACCAGCUGGACCUCAGGGAGAUGCAGGUGUUCCAGGAACUCCGGGGCUUCAAGGACCACCAGGUUUGCCAGGAACACCGGGUCAGCCAGGGUCUAAAGGUGAAGCAGGUGAACCUGGAAGAGUUGUCACUGCAGGCUCUGCUUCCAACACUGUGGCUAUUCCUGGACCCCCAGGACCUGCUGGACCUGCAGGUCCUGCUGGAUCCCCUGGACUAUCAGGUCCCAUUGGCCCUGCUGGUCUUCCUGGCCCUGCUGGACCCAAAGGAGAAAGGGGUGAGAAAGGUGAUGAUGGUGAACCGGGCAUUUCUGCUAAAUCUGUUGAAAGAAUCAAUGCUGGUCUUCCUGGCCCUCCCGGCCCCCCUGGACCCCCUGGGACACCUGGAGAGCCUGGGAAACCUGGUGUUGGUCUCCCUGGACCACCUGGUGAAAAAGGUGAACCAGGAAGCUUUGUACCCAAUUCAGAAACCUUUUUUGCUGGACCCCCUGGGCCUCCUGGACCUCAAGGAGAGCCUGGCCAUCCUGGACUACCAGGAGAACCUGGAGUUGGUUUUCCAGGACCUGAAGGCCCAAGUGGACCCCCAGGCCGUGAUGGCUUACCAGGCCCACAAGGACCACCAGGCCCUGGAGGGCCACCAGGUUCAAAAGGUGAUGCUGGUGUUCCAGGAGCCCCUGGCAUUCCAGGAUAUUCUUAUAGUGCGGGCAGAAGCUCACCUGGAUCACCAGGUCCACCUGGACCUCCUGGGCCUCCUGGACCUCCUGGUGGAGGCUCUGGUUCUCCAGAUGUUUCUCAGCAGCUUAAUGACCUUCUCAGAAAUGAUGGCAUUAGGGAAUAUUUCGCUGGUCCUCCUGGGCCCCCUGGACCACCUGGAAGUAUAUCUGAUGCUGAUUUGGCAAACCGAAUAAUCAAUUAUAUCCAAAGGGAGGAGGUAAGACAGUAUCUGGUUGGUCCCCCAGGACCACCUGGAACUCCAGGUAUUCCAGGCCUUAGCCCUCAGGAAGUAGCUGGAAGAGUCCUCAAUCUUAUGAAUGAUGCUGAUUUUAGAGGACCACCUGGUCCUCCGGGGCCCCCUGGACCUCAGGGUCCUCCUGGAAUGACAGGAGGUCUGGUGUCAUAUGCUGAAAAUGCAAACCAAGCACCAAUUCGUGCAGAACUGCAGGAAUAUCUAAAGAGUGGCAGGGUGUUCCGUGAAGAGCCAAACCGUAGCUAUGCAGAGACCAAACAAUUACCUGUUGACACUAUAGACUAUCCCAGUAUUGCAGAACAAGUAGUGAAACACAUCAAAUCUCAUCGCUUACUGUUUUGGGAUCUCAAAGAUAUCCAAGGGCCUCCUGGUCCUCCUGGACCUCCUGGACGUCCUGGAAUCAGCCAUGCAUACAGUGCUUAUGGCAACAUGACGGAGAUGAUUAAAUUGAUUAAAGACCACGGCAUAGUUGGACCACCAGGAAGACCUGGGCAGAAGGGAGAAGUUGGAUAUCCUGGUCCCAAAGGAUCAAGAGGUCCUAGAGGGGAGCAAGGCAUCCCUGGUCUACCAGGACUUCCUGGCAAUGAGGGACCAAGAGGACAAAAAGGAGAAAACGGAGAAUCCGUCUACAUGAAUCACAGAAGAAACAGAAGCACAGGUGUUUAGUCUGACAAGCAAAAAAACAAUUUUCAUCAAUUUCAUCAUUCAUGAAUCGAUUUUUGAUUAUUGCAACUUUUGUAGUA